GGCCUAUCCCGAGCGCCCGUGUUUGCGCGCGCUACGAAGGCGAGCUGCUGAGGGAAAGUCGGAGUUGAGCUCGUGGGCUUUGCAGGAGUGGGUCGUCCUGUCGUUGCGGCAUGUGGCUCGGUCACGGAGGUUAUGACAACAAUUAUGGCAAUACUAGCUAUUCACAAUCACCUGGAGGAUUUGCAUCGCCUUCUGCAACCCAAAGUGAAAAGAAAUCAAGGUCAAGAUCACAGAAUAUUGUUCCCUGUACAGUAUCACAACUAUUUUCAGCUGAACAAGUAGAUGAUGUUUUCAGGGUCCGUGAAGUUGAACUUUCACAGGUUAUUAUUGUGGGCAUAAUCAAGCAUGCUGAAAAAGCACCAACAAAUAUUCUCUAUAAAGUGGAUGACAUGACUGCAGCUCCAAUGGAUGUGAGGCAGUGGGUCGACACUGAUGAGGAGGGCAGUGAAAAUGUGGUUGUUCCACCAGGAACCUAUGUGAAAGUGGCUGGUCAUCUGCGAUCUUUCCAGAACAAAAAGAGCCUGGUUGCAUUCAAGAUUAUGCCCCUGGAGGAUAUGAACGAAUUUACUACACAUCUGCUUGAAGUUGUCAAUGCGCACUUGAGCCUUAGAAAGGACAACAUGCCCAAAUCUACGAAGAUGCCUCAGUCAUUCGGUGUAUUUGAGACGAACAGUGUGUCAAGUGCUGGAGGAAGUGGUACCUUGCCAAUGCAUGGUCUUACCCCACACCAGAGUCAAGUUCUGAAUUUGAUUAAAAGCUGCAUGACUACCGAAGGGAUAAGUCUUCAUGAUCUGGAGUCUCAGCUGCAUAAUAUUAAUCUUCAAACGCUCAAGAAAGCUGUUGAGUUUCUUAGCAGCGAGGGACAUAUAUAUUCCACUAUUGAUGAUGAGCAUUUCAAGUCUACAGAUGCUGACUAAGUCAUGGUCGGAAUUGUCACAGAAGGCUGUUCCUGAAAAGAAACAUGCUUUAUUUAAAAUAGUUAAAAUUUCCUUUCCUGCCUAUGUGCUAAAAAGCAGAGAUAACAAGUAUUUCAACAUCCUCCAGGAGGUGCCAGCUAUAAAAAAAAAA